AUGGAGGGGAACCAUGGAGACUUAGGGGAACAUGCAGCGACAUCUAGUGCUAGGGGAAAUGCUGGAUAUGCGAUGAACUACCAUAUCCAGGAUUUAGUCAGCCAAGACAGGAUCAAGGCUGUAAGUCAGGCUGGACGUUGGGGCAAAGGCUGUGGGUUAUUGGCUCAGUUGCCUAAGAGGAAACACGUUGGGUGCAGCAAAGGCCUCGUCGUCGGUCGUAAACUUGGGAGCGGGCACAGACGGUUUGUCCGAGCACCUCCGCCAGUGUAUCACGUCCGGCCCAUGGUCCAGGUGGCGAAACCCGUGCCCAGGGCUGUGAUCAUGAACCAAGCUGGGAUCCUGGGACCAUAUCCGGGCCACCAGCACAGCAACCAGUCGUCCAGGUCUUGCAGCCCCAUGUUGCCCAUGUACAGCCCGGGUCACGGCUUGGACCAGCCUUACACCUCGACCUAUUCCGGGGCCACUGCUGCCAAUCAUGGCAACAAUAAAAUCACCGAUUCAGAAAACCGGUUAGCUCGGGACCAACUCAUGAUGUCGCGCCGGGUAGCGUCAAUGUCAGCACACUAUGGAUCAGUUCUGUCUGUGAAAAUCCUCAAGAGAAACAGGAGAAAGGACCAUCGCAACGGAGGCGGCGAUGGUUUGAAGGAGAACAUUGACCCAUUGGAUGUUUCGGACGAGGCCUUUGAGAAACUGGACUUCGGAUUCGUGGAAGUCGCUGAAGAAAGCAUCGCGAAGAGAAUCAUUCGUGACCUCGGUGGCUUGGGUUACCGGGUUCGGCACGCGACAGAAUUGCCAAUUGAUCCCAAAGCGGUGCAUCUGAAGAAUUUGCCCAUGUCCAUGGAUUCCAAAGGAUUGGCGGAUUUCAUUCGGUCUCAGGGGUUGGAAGGGAUCGAUACUGUCAAAGUACUGCGACAACCCGCGAAUCGCUUGAGCGCUUCUGCCUUCAUUAGGGCUUCUUCUGAGCUUUCUGCGUACAAAUUGAUCAGAGGAAUGCAUGGAAAGGCAUGUCCUGGUUCUCAAUAUACAAUUGAAGCGAGAUUUGCUUAUCAUAACAACAAGAAGGCAACAGUCAAUGAGUAUCAGAAAUAUGGACCUGCAACACUGUCCAAAUAUGUUCUAACUACAACAGACAUGGGCGCCCUCUCGCCGCUCAUCGGCAACAACUUCACCUGGGUCACCAUGCCCUGCGGCUACGACACGGCCUACUCCCAGGCGCAGCUCAAGUGCGUCGUGUGGGUGCCCAACUCCGUCGUGCCCGGCAGCGAGCACCCUUUCCUGCCCAUCCUCAUCUUUAGCGACCGACUGCCGCUCUUGGGCGUGCCCAGUCCCCGCCACGGCGCCUUUGCUGGCCUGCCGUUCGAGUCGUCCCCCGGCGACGUUUUUCACGCGCCCGUGCUCGAGUUCAACGUGUCCAAGAUGACCAUCCCGCUGGUGGCGUACCCGACGUUUGAGAAGCUGGUGGCGGAAGUGCCGGAGCCGGACUCCGACGAUGACGACACGGAAUGCUCCUUGACGAUGCCGAUCACUGCGCCAUCGGCAGCAGCACCAGCACCAGCUCAACCUGGCCCACUUUAGGACAUGUAUAUGUGCACAUUAUAUUGUGGGCACAUUUGAGCGGGUGGCAAAACAUUUGGGCGCACAUUUGGGGAAGGGCCAGAAACAGCGCGUGUGCAUGAAAAGAUUCAAGCGAACCCAGUGACUCAAGCAGUUUUGUGCAUGCGCUGUUCUGGGAUGCGCUCAAAUGUUCGG